AUGAGAUUCAUCAGUGGCUCUGUUGUUGCCCUUGGGCUCGUUGCCCCUGCGUUGGCAUUCCCACGCCCGGCCGGUGUGAAGCGCGGUUCACCCAAUCCUACGAGGGCGGCAGCGGUCAAAGCCGCAUUCCAAACGUCAUGGAACGCGUACCACCAAUAUGCUUUUCCCCACGACGAUCUUCACCCGAUCAGCAAUACCUAUGAUGAUGAGAGAAAUGGCUGGGGCUCAUCAGCCAUUGAUGGCCUAGACACGGCCAUUCUCAUGAGAGACUCUGACAUAGUCAACACGAUUCUCAAGCGUGUGCCUCAAAUUGACUUUACUACUACUGCGAAUGCCAAUGAGGGCAUCUCUGUAUUUGAGACCAACAUCCGAUAUAUUGGUGGCAUGCUAGCCAGUUACGAUCUGUUGAAAGGGCCAUUCAAAUCUGUUGUGAAGAACCACACGUUAGUAGACAACCUGUUGACUCAGGCUGAAUCACUCGCAAACGGCCUCAAGGUUUCAUUCAACACCACAAGUGGUGUCCCGGACCCGACCGUUUACUUUAACCCCACCUACAGGAACAGUGGCACAGGAAACAACAAUGUUGCAGAGAUUGGAACACUGGUUCUUGAGUGGACGCACCUCAGCGAUCUCACUGGCAAUCCUCUGUAUGGUCAGCUUGCCCAAAAGGGUCAAUCAUAUCUCCUCAACCCAACAGGAAGCCCAGAGGCAUGGCCGGGUCUUGUAGGAACAUAUGUCAGCACAAGCAAUGGCCAGUUCCAGGAUAGCAAUGGCAGCUGGUCCGCUCUCUCAGACAGCUUCUACGAGUAUCUGAUCAAGAUGUAUCUGUAUGACCCUGACACGUUUGGAGAGUACAAAGACCGCUGGGUUCUUGCUGCCGAUUCGACUAUUGCGCACCUUGCCUCUCACCCGACCUCGCGCAAGGAUCUAACUUUCUUGUCCCAAUACUCUGGACAAACUACAUCGCCGCAAUCAGGACAUUUGGCCAGCUUUGCUGGUGGCAACUUCAUCUUGGGAGGCAUCCUCCUGGGCGAGCAAAAGUACAUUGACUUUGGCAUCGAGCUCACCAAUUCGUACUUUGAUACCUACAACUCGACUGCUUCUGGAAUCGGCCCCGAAGGCUUCCAAUGGGUGGACAGCGCAAACAGCAGCAGCAGCCAGCCUCCCUCGUCCGCCGCAGGAUUCUACUCCACGGCAGGAUUCUGGGUGACGGCUCCGUAUUACAUCUUGAGGCCAGAGACCUUGGAGAGCAUCUACUACUCGUACCGAAUUACAGGCGACUCCAAGUACCAGGACAUCGCAUGGGAUGCCAUCAGUGCCAUCCUCAGCAAAACCCGCGCCGGCAGCGCAUACUCGUCUCUCAACGAUGUGACUCAGGCCAAUGGCGGAGGAGCCUCUGACGAUAUGGAAAGCUUCUGGUUUGCCGAGGUCCUCAAGUACGCUUACCUGAUCUUUGCUGAAGAGUCGGAUGUUCAGCUGCAGAAGAGCGGCAACAAGUUUGUCUUCAACACAGAGGCACACCCCUUCAGAAUCCGCCAGUAA